AGACAUUCGCGCCAGACAUAACAUCUUUCAACUCUUUCAACUGAACUCAAUUUCACAAUAUGGUUCGUAAACUUAAGCAUCAUGAGCAGAAGCUCCUCCGAAAAGUGGACUUCACAACCUACGCAUCGGAUAACAAUCAUCGAGAUGCGGCUGUGAUACGAAGAUAUGCGAUCCAAAAACCUGGGGAUUAUCAAAAAUACAAUAGACUUUGCGGUUCUCUCCGUCAACUCGCCCACAAACUCACACUCUUACCUCCCGAUUCUCAAGUCCGUCUAAAGCAUGAACAGCUCCUCCUCUCUAAACUUCACGAUAUGGGAAUUCUCCCCUCCACCGCUUCCACUUCCAAACUUUCCUCUGUUGAAUCGCACGUUACUGUUUCCGCAUUCUGUCGAAGACGUUUACCGGUUGUAAUGACAAGAUUAAGAAUGGCAGAGACAGUACAGGCUGCGAAUAAGAUUAUCGAGCAAGGACAUGUUAGAGUGGGUACGGAAACUAUCACAGACACGGCAUUUUUAGUUACGAGAAGCAUGGAAGAUUUCGUUACUUGGGUGGAUGGCUCGAAGAUCAAGAGGAAUAUCUUGAAAUACAGAGAGAAAUUGGACGAUUUUGAUUUGUUAUAGAGGAUCCGAGACGGAGGUUGUGCAUGGUUGGAGUUUUGGUCGUGGGAAAAUUUGCUUUGCUUGGAGUUUGGGGGUUGAUGAAUCCAUUUGAGAUGAAUGCCUUGAGAAAAUUCAUGGAUAAAAUAAGAUGUAAAGUAUGAUAAGAGACUAAUGAUUUCGAAGGUCCCAAAUUUCUGGAAAUAGGGUGCGGGUUAGCUUGAUUAUCAAAAUCGUGUCAAGAUAGAUGAAAGCAGGAUCACAAUGGAAAGUCUUGAAAUUAGAGGAUAUGGAGGAUAGAUGGUCUCAUGAUUGGUUUUUCAACUUGAACAGCGAUAUAGGAAAGGCUAUGAAGGAGCAUCUUUCAUGGGAAUCUCAAGCUUAACCAUCUUUCGGCGGGCGAUAACCGAUUUAUCACAACCAUGAUCAAUACUAUCAUGAUUUCUGCAGAUAGUCACGCUCAUUCCUCAGUUAUACACAAUAGUCAACUUAUCAGAUUCUCUGGUCAAAGUUCACCAAAAAGCAGUCUUCUGCUAUCAGAUACAGUUGCAGAAACCUAGGUAGCUCCAUCAUCUGAUAUCAUUUCAAAUUUCUUGUCAAUCAUUUUCACUUGCAUUUGUGAGGGCACUCUUCUAUUCACAUUCUAAUGCCAUAAUGGCAAGUGUCAUCUAUACUAUCAGUACAUUCGAAGCUUUUAGCUUUUCAAGCAAAUCGCUCAAACAACAGCAAGCUUUGAAAAGCACAUCACUUCCCCAUAACAAAGUCAUGAAUAUUUGAAAUUCUUGCGCUUGUUUGCCUUCGUUACACUAGAGCUUGCC